CGCUUCCUGGCUGCAUUUGAUCCGAGGGAGAGUUAGAAGCCUUAAAUGUGUUGCGAGGGCACCGAGCUGUCAGACCUUUUGGCGAGUAAGAUUGAUCGCGCACAGGCUUCCAGGACUCUUUGUUUGGUAUAUAAGCAACAAACUCGGAGAGGCCUUUCCACUUCUCUUCUUCCCUCUAUUCCUCAGCAAACCAUGCUUUCUUUUUUUAAUGAAAGAGUACAGAAUAUAAAGGGGAAAACAUCCAGAAUGUGGCUUUUUUUUACAGAUUAUCCUGGAAAAAGCCAUGAAACCUGACGCGGUGAGGACAAGUGUAACUGUGCUCACAUUCGCUUCACUAAAAUUUCAGUUAGAUGUGACAAUAGGAAUGGAGUGGUUAGCCUUUUUAGCUGUGUUGCCCGCGAACAAGCACCAUGCGGUUUUGGCACAUAAAAAAAGCAAUGUGACCAUUUACAAUCACAGGAGAACAAGGAGCUGCAACGUUUAAUCCAGGGGUUUGUGAGUUUGUGCACGCACAUGGGCGCGCCUGGCUUGCUUAUAAAACCGACCUCAUGUGGAAUAAAGGAAAAUGUGCCUUAUAGUGUCUCUACAUUUAGGAAGUGUUAUUUGUGUGUGCGUAAAACCUUCUCUUGUGAUAUUGUUUGAAUGUGUCUGUCAGUAUUAAAUGCAUAGAUUUAUUAUUAUUAUUUUAUUAUUAUUGUGGAUUAUUCCCACUGUUGCCCCAUUUUUGUCACAUUUACGCACACGUGUGUAACAAAUCAAGCCAGAAUAUCACUUUUUGAAGUUUCACCUUUCCAAAAAACUGAAGUGCUACUGGUGUGAAAUGUGUGUGUGCCUGUGUGUGUCUGUGUGGUGGGGGCGUUCUCGACUGACAUCCUCAAACAAUACGAGAAAGAGGAGUGCACGAAUCCGCGCACCCCAGCCAGAGCUCCUUCCUUGUAAUAGUGAGCGGCGGCCAUUCUCAAAAAACACAUUUUUUUGUAGCUUAGCUGGACUGGAGGCUCGCGAGGAGGAUAAACUGCGCGGACAGAGAUGUAAAUAAAAGCAGUCGUGCCCCAGCUGAGCGAGUUUUUGGAUCAAUCAGGCAGACAGUAGCUUCUUUUGAUUAAACCUCAAAUUGUCAUUGGGCAGAAGUAAUCAUGUGACAGGCAAUUCGGUCCAAUUUCAACCUUGUCUCCAUGAAUUCAAUAGUUUAAUAGUAGCGCGGUCCCCAUACGGCCGUAAUCAGUGAAAUAGAAAAAACCCGCAGGAGAAUUUCCUUUUUUUAUGUUUUUUUUUUCUUUCUCGUCUUCACUGAGGCGCAACGUUUAUAUAGAUACGCGCAAACUUUCCUCGGCUCUCAGGGAGCGGAGAUGAAUUACGAAUUCGAGCGAGAGAGCGGUUUUAUCAAUAGUCAGCCGUCGCUUGCUGAGUGCCUGACAUCUUUCCCCCCUGUCGCUGAUUCAUUUCAAAGUUCAUCAAUCAAGAGCUCGACGCUUUCACGCCCGACACUGAUUCCUCCUCCCUUCGAGCAGACCAUCCCCAGCCUGAAUCCGGGCAGCCAUCCGCGGCAUGGCCGGCCUCGACACAGCCCCGACGGAUGCAGCCAGCUGCCCACCGCCUCCCUGCCCCCGGAGUACCCGUGGAUGCGGGAGAAGAAAGCCUCCAAGAAGAACCACCUGCCGACCGCCACGACCACAACCACCAUCUCCAGCGGGCCUGUGUGCUUCUCUCCGAAAGGCUCGCCUGAGAUCGUGGAGAGCGGUGGGGGAGGAGGGGGCUCCCGCCGGCUGAGAACAGCCUACACCAACACGCAGCUGCUGGAGCUGGAGAAGGAGUUCCACUUCAACAAGUAUCUGUGUCGGCCGAGGAGGGUGGAAAUAGCCGCCCUGCUGGACCUGACCGAGAGGCAGGUCAAAGUGUGGUUCCAGAACCGGCGCAUGAAGCACAAGCGGCAAACCCAGAGCAAGGAGAACCACAACGGGGACGCGAAGGGGCCGGGCGCCGAGGACGGCAUCCACAGCGACGACGACGAGGAGAGGCCCCUCCACGAGCAGAGCGGGGCCCUGCUGGAGAGAGAUACCUGCUCCUUUCAGAACAACACGCAGCAGCUCCACAAUGGAGAGUCCGCGAGCUUUGCAGCUGCGCCGCUCACCAGCAAUGACAAAAAUCUGAAACAUUUCCCCAAUCCAUCACCCACUGUUCCGGGCUGCAUGACAACAAUGGGCCCCGGCUCGGCAUCUGGCCCGGACAAUGGCGACAGUCCCCCUGCUCUGGAUGUUUCUUUACACGAUUUUCAACCUUUCUCCUCGGAUUCCUGCCUCCAGCUCUCAGAUACAGCCUCGCCGAGCUUGUCGGAGUCUCUGGACAGCCCCGUGGACAUUUCUGCGGACACUUUCUAUUUUUUCUCGGAGUCCCUGACCACAAUAGACCUGCAGCAUCUAAACUACUAACUACGAAUCACUUUUCUUCUUAUUUUUUUUUCCUUAUCAGGCUACGACGACAUAAAAUCUGGUGUUGUUUGUAUAUUCGGCACAUUUAUUCUGUUGUAUUUGAAGAUUAUUGCAAGGUAAGGAUGAAAUGAAAUCACUGAAACUGACCUUCGCUGAGUGACUUGUAACUAUAACAACUUGUAGAGAAGGAGAUUAUGACUGUGUGAGUAUUUACACAAUAUGAGACCAUAUGGAACCUGGUCGUUUUUAUUUUUGUAUAGCUUCCAAUGUCUUGGAUAUUUUUGUUAGAAUACAAAUAACUUGCUACAA